AUGAUCGCACUUGAUAAAAUACCUGACGGGCCUAGUGUCCCAGAAGGAUUCCUUGGUGUCGGCUAUGGUACUUCAGGCUUCAGAUCCCAUGCCGAAGGACCGAUAAAUGCCAUGGACCAUGUGGCCUAUAGAUGUGGUCUCAUCUUUGCGGCUAUGCCCUUGAUAUCUCGAGGAUAUCCAGACGUAUACAGCGAGUACCUCCUGAAGUCCAAAGACUCGGACUCUGAGGUCAUUGGCAUGGGAUGCGUCAUAACUGCAAGUCACAACCCGUACCAGGAUAACGGGGUAAAGUUAUUCACGCCUUCCGGAGAGAUGCUCGAAUCUGAGUGGGAACAAUUGAUGGAUGAAUUUGUAAACACCAAGGGAAGUGUACAGGAGUUGUUGAAGGAGUACUUGAAGGUUUCUCAGGGGUUUAAGGAACAUCUGGAAACGUUUAGGAAAAGGUAUAGUAUACGUAUUAUAGUUGGGUAUGACAGUAGGUCUACGAGUCCCAGGCUAGUUUCUUUCUUUAAAAAAGGUGUAAAUGCGGUUCUAGAUGCUUUGGAACUCGACACUAGUGAGUGUAUUGUUAUAGGAAAGGUCACAACACCUACACUCCCAUUCUUGCUGAACAACGGAUAUGCUAGUGUAUCAUCUGACUCUGUAUAUUUAGAUUAUAUAGAGGGUGUUUUCAGUGAUGUUGUGCAAAAGUUUACAAAGUUUGGUCUCCUUAAAGAAACUUUUACCAUAGACACCAACGAAGAACUGUAUUAUGAUUGUUCCUUUGGGGUUAGUAGCUUCAAAAUAUGGAGAUUUUGUAAUUGUAUAAGGCUACUUGGAAUGAAUCCCUACGUCUGUAACUCGAGCAUACCCGGAGAUCCAAGUGAAAUGUUCAAUCGGUUAAACGCUGGUUGUGGUUCUGACUAUGUUAUGAGUAAAAAUACUGUACCACAAUCUGUAAAGGAUAUGGAUAUAUAUAUUGGGAAAAGGUUUUGUUCGUUCGAUGGAGAUGCUGAUAGGGUUAUCUACUUUGUGCCAGGUCGUGAUGGCCAAUGCACGGUUUUCCAUGGUGAUCAUAUAUUGUUGGUAAAACUCUUGUUUUUGAGGUCUCUACUAAAGGAUUGUACAUUUAAGUUGAGCGUGGGUGUCUUACAAACGAGAUAUUCCAAUGGUGCGAUAACUGCAUAUAUACAUUCGCUCAUCUCCAAAUGGAACUCUGAAUCUAGUGGUAUAGAAUGGCACCAUGAGUUCUUUAACAGCGGAGUCAAACAUGCGCAAAGAGCCGCUAAAAAAUAUGAUUUGUCUGUUUACUAUGAAAAGAAUGGUCAUGGUGCUAUUGUUUCUCGUGUAAACACCUUUGAAAGUACAUGUAGUUGUUUGAAUGAGCUAUCAAGUAAGGAAAAUAAUGGUAAUAGGGAGAUAUUGAGUUCAGUAUUAAGGUUGUUUUACCCAGGCGGGGAUGCCAUUGUAAACUCUCUGGUGUUUGAACUUGCUCUAAAGGUGCUGGACAUGUCUAUAUAUGACUGUGUUCGUUUGUAUACCGAUUUACCGUUUAUGAACACAAGGUAUGAAAUUCCAAAACAUAUAAUGACCCGUUUCUCAACUAGUAUUGAUAAUGAUUCGGUACUUGUUCGUCCCAAGGAAUUCCAAGAAAGCUUGGAAUCUCAAGUGCAGUUAUAUGAUGGUGCCAGGGCUUUUGUGAGGCCGUCUGGUACAGAAAAUAUAUUGAGGAUAUAUGUAGAAGCAAAUAGUGAAGAUGUAGUUAAAGUUUUGUAUGAUUUCAUAAUAGAAGGUAUUGAAAGAGCUUUGAAUGAUACCGAGUGA